CAGACGCCGGGCCCGCGGCGCGGCAGCAGGUGGCCUCAGGUCCGAGACCGAGAUCCUGCACGGCUUUUGGUCGGCUUCUCUCGCUCGGCUUCUCCGCCGCUGAGACCCGCCCUGCAGAGUCGGCGCCCUGGGACCUGGCAGGCGGGGUUCGGAGCUCGGGAUCCACAGCAGGUGCCGGCGCGGAGCUGCUGCGCCUGCCGGGGAGGGACCCCAGCCCCCUUCGCUCGUCGUGCGGCUCGUGUCACACACCGUGAGCUGGAUUCCCAGGAACCAUGGUGUCGGAAGUCCUGUUGGUGUCUGCUCCAGGGAAAGUCAUCCUUCAUGGAGAACAUGCUGUAGUCCAUGGCAAGGUGGCACUGGCUGUGGCCUUGAACUUGAGAACAUUCCUCAGGCUUCAGCGCCACAGCGAUGGAAAAGUGGACCUCAAUUUACCAAACAUUGGCAUCAGGAGGGCCUGGGAUGUGGCCAGCUUUCAGCAGCUGGACACGAGCUUUCUGGAACAAGGUGGCACCACAGUGCCCACCCCUGAGCAAAUGGAGAAGCUGAAGGAGGUGGCAGGCCUGACCGAGGACUGUCCCAACCACGAGUGCCUGGCUGUGCUGGCCUUCAUUUAUUUGUACCUGUCCAUCUGCCGGAAGCAGAGGACCCUGCCCAGCAUGGACAUCACAGUGUGGUCAGAGCUACCUGCUGGGGCCGGGUUGGGCUCCAGUGGCGCCUAUUCCGUGUGCUUGGCAGCCGCCCUUCUGACCAUAUCUGGGGUGAUUGCAAACCCCCUGAAGGACGGAGAGCCCGUCAGCAGGUGGAGCUCGGAGGAAUUGGAAUUAAUUAAUAAGUGGGCCUUCCAGGGGGAGAAGGUGAUUCAUGGAAACCCUUCCGGAGUGGACAACGCAGUCAGCACCUGGGGAGGAGCGCUACGGUACCAGGAAGGAAAGAUUACACCCUUGAAGAGGCCACCGACUCUGAAGAUCCUGCUGACCAACACCAAGGUCCCUCGCAGCACCAAGGUGCUGGUGAGCAGCGUCAAGAGCAGGCUGCUGAAGUUCCCGGACAUCAUGGCCCCCCUCCUGACCUCCAUCAAUGCCAUUUCCCUGGAGUGCGAGCGAGUGCUGGGAGAGAUGGCUGCGGCCCCCACCCCGGAGCACUACCUCGUGCUGGAAGAGCUCAUCGACAUGAAUCAGCACCAUCUGAAUGCCCUGGGUGUGGGCCAUGCCUCACUGGACCAGCUGUGCCAGGUGACCAGGGCCCACGGACUGCACAGCAAGCUCACCGGCAGUGGUGGCGGCGGCUGUGGCAUCACACUCCUCAGGACAGAUAUGGAGCGGCCAGAGGUGGAAGCCACAAAGCAGGCACUGGAAAGCUGUGGGUUUGACUGCUGGGAAACCAGCAUCGGCACCCCUGGAGUCUCCGUGCACUCAGCCACCUCCCUGGACUUGCCUGUCCAGCAGGGCCUGGACAACCUCUGACAUGAGCCCACGCUGCUGCAGCCCCAACAAGAAGCC